AUGGAGAAGCCGACGGGCGCGGACCGACCGGCAACGACGCGGCCGCGCAUGACGAUGCACGUGCCCAUGAACAUGCCACUGCAGGUCACGCCCAUGGCCGCUUACCUCCAGAUGCCAUGGAUCGGGCCCGACGACCCGUCGUUACACGCCAAGCACAUGAAGCGCCGACGCAACGACGCCAUCGGCCUCCCGUACAUGGCGCCAUUUGACGGCGAGAGCAACAAGAAGCGCGCCAAGCCCGUCAAGCGGUUAACAGAAAUGAUCAAGCUCGAGCCCAAGCGGCCAGGCGACGACACCGCGGCCGACUAUGUCGCCUGGGUCAAGUUUCUAUUGCAGCCACCAACCAUGUGGUACCGCGAUCAGAAGGGCCGGCAGACGACCUUUGCGAUCCAAGUCGGAUUGACGCAGGGCGUGCCGGACGCCUUCGUGCCGCUCGAAAGCAAGGGCUACUUUACCGUCAAGCUGCUCUACGAGAACGGGUGCCACAUAUGA